AUGGUGUCGGUUGGGUGGACAUAUGUCUUCAUAUGUUUUUUGUGCAUCGAACGGUAUCUGGUGACGUUCUGCGUGGUGAAAUCGGUGUCCGAAGGCAGCCAACGAUUGCUCAGAUAUUCGUUGUACGUUUUGUUUGUAAGUUGUCAUCAUAGGUAUAAUAAAUUGUCUUGUUUCAGACUGUUGGAUGUUUAUCGUUUGCAAAAUUCUACUCAAUCCGUAAGUUCAUCCGUAGGUCAGUGGAAACUGAGUAUAAUACUUCUGAAUUUCAGACAUGGACGUACAUGAGAAAGCGUUCGUAAUAAUAUUCUCUUUCCAAUUAACGACAACGAUUGCUUGCGGCGUGGUAAGCGUUUCCGACAAUGUUGAAAAGGGAGAAUUUUCGAUAGAAAAAUAUUGUUCUCGUAUUGCAAAUUUCGCAAAUUUUUGCCUCCUAUAUGAUUCACUUUUGAGCCCGAAAAAUAUUAAAAAAUUAAAUUUUCAAAAAUAUCAAAAAAAGCAGUUUUGUAGAGCAGAAAAAGCUGUAUCAAAUAGAUAUAUCCACUUUGCCAAACAAUAAAGAAAUUCUUGUAAAACAAAAGAAUAAGAAAAACGACGGAACUUUUUGAACAACCCAAUAUAUAGCGCCGAUUUCAGGGGUACAUGUUGCUCAAACACGCACUUCUCAUCAACUAUGACAGAGUGCGGUUUGCGUCUCUUAGCAAACAAUGUGCAGUAAGUCGUAUCACCGUCGUAUCUAUGCCUUUCAGAUCUCACGCAACAUCCGUCUCAUUCGGCGGCUACAUACUCCCUACAUUAUCAACGUCACAACCUUCACGUGUGCGGAGGCUAGUCUAAUAAUUGGCACUUUUGCUUUUGAAUAUGGCUCAGUUUUAUAUCAAAUUUCCUUCGAAUUGUACCUGAUAUUCAUGGCUUCCAUGCAUUUGUUUCAAAUGCUGUGGAUCCCGCAUCUGGAAGGAAAGCUGCGGUUCGACAGACGAGUCGACGGCGAGGAGCUGAGAACGGUUUUCAACCAAAAACUGGUCGUGGAGAAUACCGCGGAAAACAAUUUUAAUAUGCUUAAGGCAAUGUGGCAAUAG